AGAGGAGGACAAGCAGCAUCGUUUAUCAGGCAGAGAGGAGGGAGAGAGAGGGAGAGACAAACGCUGGGCAAGCACAAAGGAGGAGAAGAAGAAGACUGAUGGUGUCGUCGGAGAGAGCGACAGCCGGAGGAACGAGAGACACUGAGACAGACAGACAGAGAGAGAGGCGAACGGGAGAAGACGUUAACAACCGUCCUCUGGGCCCGUGUGUAUGUGUGUGUUGGUGAUCAGCUGAUUGGAACACACGUAUUGGAGGGCGGAGCCAUGAUGGGCAAGGACUACAUGUUGGCCAUCAUUAUAGUCAACUAUGAUGACAACAUCUGGACAGACCAGAACCUGCUGCUGGACCCAGACCUUCCCUCUGGCUGGAGAACCAUCAAAGACUCCACGGGAACGUACUACUGGCACGUUCCCACCGGCGCCACCCAGUGGCAACAUCCCCGUCUUACAGGGACACCGCAGCUGCUCGAUGCCCAGCAGGAGGAGGCUGGACAGCAGAGCUCCAACAAGGAGACAGAAGGUCCACCUGAGGACAGGUCUUCGUGGCACGAAGAUGACCUUACCAACCACGACCCCGACUCCAAGUGUUUUGCCGUGCGCUCCCUCGGCUGGCUGCAGGUGGAGGAGGAGGACCUUUCUCCUGGUCGCAGCAGCCUCGCUGUUAGUAACGUCAUCCAGCAGCUGUCUCACUGCAGCAGCCCCGAGCAGAGAGACCGGCUGGGUGCCUGGGGGGAGGGCCGCGAGAUGAUGCUAGUUCUGAAAAAAGACACCCUGACCCUGUUGGACCCAUUAGACCACACCCCCCUGCACUGUCAGCCAAUCAUCAAUAUCCGUGUUUGGGGGGUGGGCUGCAACAAUGGCAGGGACAGGGACUUUGCCUUCGUGGCGGGGGAUAAGGACAGCUGUGUGCUGAAGUGUCACGUGUUUCGCUGCGACGCUCCAGCCAAAGCCAUCGCCACGGCGCUGCAUGAGAUGUGCUCAAAGAUGAUGUCUGAGAAGGCUCUGAUGAGGCCGUCCCGCUCCCUGACCAUGGAGAGCAUCUCACCUGAGGACCUGCCGAGACAAGUGGAGUUUCUGGAGGCAGUGCGGCAGCAGGUGCAGAAGUUUGAGGUCCAGUACAUCGGCAACCUGCCGGUGUCGCGAGCCAUGGGUAUGGAGGUGUUGAACCGAGCGAUAGAAAGCAUCAUGAACUCCACAGACCGAGACGACUGGGAGCCGACCGUGAUCCACGUCACCGAUAACGUCCUGUCUCUGUGGAAAGGAGAGGACGGCGACGAGCCAUUCUGGGAGUGUCAGGUACGCUUCCUCACCUUCCUGGGCGUCGGUCACGACAGCCACACCUUCGCAGUGAUCGUGGACGGCGGCACGCAGCAGUUUGAAUGUCACGUGUUCUGGUGUGAACCGGACGCUGGGAUCAUCUCCGAGGCCGUCCAGGCUGCGUGCAUGGUCCAGUAUCAGAAGUGUCUGGUGGCUCAGACUCCUCCCCCAAGGACCAAAUCAUGGCGUGCAAACCCGUCAAAGGUGAAACGGGCCAACUCCAUGGAUGGCGCCGCCUUCCCUCCCCUCACAUCCCGUCACCAUGGUGGCAGCAGCUCCAGCAUGAUGGCGCAGAGGAUGGCGAAGGGUAGCGGCAGCAGCAGCAAUGUGAGGAAGGGCAUGAUGGCGUUUUUUGAAACUUUCCGCAACAAACAGGCCGCCACGUCCUAAUGAUGAAGGCGGGACCACCAGAGCCCCCAGGGGUUAGGGUAGCUGAUUCUCCAGAUAUGUUACCCCUGACCACACUGGGCCUCCAGACCGGCCUCUGAUUGGCUGAACUCUGUGCACAUAGGGCUCUGGUGGUCCGCCUGGCUGAGUGACAUCACCAGCAACUCCAGAACACGAUGCUUGGACCACAAACACACCUGAAUCAGUCGCUGUGAUUGAUCAGCAGGAUGAGUGAAGGACGAAGUCGAUCAAAACCUCCACCAACACGUCCGAAAGUUUAAAGGCUAGCAGGUUCAUCGCUGAAAACAUCCAUCCACACCAUAAACAAGGCUGAGCCCUGACCUUUGACCCCUUCAGCUCCAUCUGUGCACAUAGAACCGAGGUUAUGAGUCGUAACUGAAGUUCAUUUUCUUGUUUCCUGUCGUCACAGCUCCUCCCCUCGAGGGGCGGAGUCACAUCUGCUCCUCCUAACUGUGAGGCGUUUGAUUUGAGAGGUAACAUCAUCAGUCUCUGUGUGUGACUGCCACAGCCUCACCUGAACUCUGUGCGGCUCUCCAGGGUCUGUCACCACCACAAGCACAAACGAGGGAGGAGCAGAGGAGGUGGCGAUCGGCUCAAAGGGUAACAGUGAAAAUCCGCCCACGUUAGUAAAAAGGACCGCUUCACAUCCAAGGUGGAGGAAGACUUCCUGUAAACAGAGGACACGUAGCAAAAACUGUAGAGACGCGUCUGUUUGUUCUGCUUUGAGCUUCAUUAUCGUGUUUUAAAGCUGCACUGACUAACUCGGCCACCAGAGGGCGAUGAACACGCGCUGGAGAAACAGACUGAAGAUAAACUGGCCUGUUUCCUGUGCUGAAAGCAGCAGUUUGCAUGCAGGCAUGAACUGAAACAAAUGCCACGCCCACAGUGACAUCUGACUCUCCUUCUGCUUCCUGAUUGGCUGACGUACCCUUAAAUAGAAGCUGUGCUGUAUUUACUGUUAUUAGGUAAGAUUGAGUUUCUGAGCAUCUGACAGGCUGUCGUUGUUUCCUCGCAGUAAAAGUGAUCAAUGAUGUCAUGUAUAAAUGAACCAAUAAUAAACUGAUAAAAACA